GGGCCGGCGAGGGGUUGUUGCUGGAAGCGAACCCAGGGCAGCCCUGUCUGCCGGUUGCUGCAGGCGGGGAGAUGGUGAGCGGUGACUCGAUGCCUCUUCCCAGACCCCGGUAGGAGAAGGAGUGGCUGGCUCCGGCCGGCAUUGGGAGCUAUGGCGAGUGCAGUGUCAGUGGCGACUCCCCUGGAGCUUGUUCCUAAUGUUUCCGAGCGACAGAACAGCACGCUGUCACCCACCUGGAGUAACCUACACCCUUACCAGACUAACAUUUUGGGAACAGUCCUGGCGAUAACCGGAAAUGUCCUCAUCAGCAUUUCACUAAAUGUGCAGAAAUAUUCGCAUAUCCGUCUAUUGUGUCAAGAGAGCCGAACACCCUAUUACAAGAGCAAGUUGUGGUGGUGUGGAAUCCUCCUGAUGGGAAUGGGUGAGCUGGGGAACUUUGCAGCCUAUGGCUUUGCUCCAGCCACUCUGGUUGCUCCCCUGGGCUGUGUCUCUGUUAUUGCAAGUGCAGCCAUUUCUGUGGUGUUCUUGAAAGAGAUCCUGCGAUCUUCUGAUAUCUUGGGAGGAUCGUUGGCCGUACUGGGAACCUAUCUUCUGGUGACCUUUGCCAUUAACGUCCAGCAAGAAAUCACAGGCCCUAAAAUUAAUCUAUACAUCAUCAGUUGGCCAUUUCUAGUUUAUUUGACUUUGGAAUUUAUAUUAUUCGUUAUUUUGCUGUAUCUCUUCAAGAGAAGAGGCAUGAACCACAUAGUGAUUCUACUUCUGAUGUCUUCAAUACUUGCCUCACUGACUGUGAUCUCAGUAAAAGCCGUCUCUGGGAUGGUGACAAGCUCCAUUCAGGGACAACUUCAGUUCCAGUAUCCCAUAUUCUACGUGAUGCUUGUUGUUAUGAUCGCAUCUUGUAUUUUCCAAGUACAAUUCUUGAACCAAGCAAUGCGACUCUAUAAUGCAACAGAAGUGGUGCCAAUCAACUUUGUUUUCUUCACAACUAGUGCCAUCAUAGCAGGAGUGAUAUUUUAUCAGGAGUUCCAUGGUGCUGCCUUACUUAACAUAUUUAUGUUCUUAUUUGGGUGCUUGCUGUCAUUCCUUGGAGUUUUCCUCAUAGCCAAGAACAGAGUAAAGCAGACACCCGAAGUCCCAUAUAUUGACAUGGGCCCCGUUCCAAAACAAAGGAGCACCGAGAAAAUCCAACCAGGGCUGAACAACAUCAAUUCUUAUGGAAGUGUACACGAUGAAGAACAGACUAAUGACUCUCUGAGUGAAGAUGUAAAAUAACCAUUCAAAUACAGAUUGGAUUUAAUAUUCGAGCAAAACAUUAACUGAACUUUAACAUCUCAUCAAGUUAGAUAUUUUUAGCAUUUUUCCAGCCUGGGCCGGGAUCCCUCAUUUGACAAUAUUGUGUCUGAACUCGGCAUUGUUGAGCUAAUUGUGGAUCAGUCGGUCAAUGCAAGUGUUUACAGUGGAAAAUAACACUUCUUUAUAGUUGCCAGUUUUUAUAAAGUGUGAAUCAAAUGGUCAGUCUUCCUGACCCUGUUUCAUAUUGGACACUAACUUUGAGCUGAAGAGUAUCUUUUCUACUUCGGUUUCACACACAACUCUGGACAAAUGGACUCAUAUUUAUUCCCAGGUUUAGAUAAAGAAACA